AAACCAUCUUGUUAGGUUCUAAGGCUGCAGUGCGGAGAACACCAGCCCUAGCCGAGAACCCAAAAGGAGGCAUCGUCACAACAAAAAAUGCCGAAGUCCAAACGCAAUAAAACAGUCACACUCUCGAAGACUAAGAAAAAGGGGAGGGAGCAUAAAGAAGCAAUAGUAAAUGCCAUAAAAGAGGCUGCUGAAAAAUACAGCUCAGUGUAUGUGUUCUCUUUUGAAAACAUGAGAAAUAAGAAAUUCAAGGAGUUCAGGGAGCAACUGAAAUCUAACAGCAGGUUUUUCUUGGGGUCAAACAAAGUCAUGCAGGUCGCUUUAGGUCAUUCUGCUGCUGAUGAGAUUAGACCUGGUCUUCACAAGGUUUCUAAGCUUCUGCGAGGAGAUGCUGGAAUGUGUUUUACAAAUUUGCCAAAAGAAGAAGUUGAAAGGUUAUUUAGUGAGUUUGAGGAGUAUGACUUUGCGAGAACAGGAAGCACUGCGACUGAGAAGGUGGAACUCAAAGAAGGUCCUUUGGAGCAGUUCACCCAUGAGAUGGAGCCAUUUCUACGGAAGCAAGGCAUGCCUGUCCGGUUAAAUAAAGGAGUGGUGGAACUUGUCUCAGAUUUUGUUGUCUGUGAGGAGGGGAAGCCAUUGUCACCUGAGGCAUCUCGCAUACUGCGUUUACUGGGAAUACAGAUGGCUACAUUUAAACUCCAUCUGAUAUGCAGAUGUAGUCCUGACGAUUUUGAGCUGUACAUACAAGGACCAGAUGAUUCAGACGUGGAAACGAAUUAGAAUUUCAAGUUGGCGGAGAUGGGUUUGCUUCUCGAUUCAGUGGCAACAUAACUUGUGUGGUCUUCUGGCGUCCUGGAUUUUUGGCGUGAGCAUGUUUCUGUAACCUAUAUAUAUGUAUUCUAGGCCUUAUUUCUAGAAUUAGUCCAUCACUUCCGCAGCCCCCAGUUUUGUAAUCUUGAAAAUGUUGUCAAAGUUGAGUGGCUAGAUAUGCUUUAUAUAGCUUCAGUUUUGUUUGCGGUCAUGAAUUUUGGAUCUUUUACUGAACUGUUUUUCCUUCCAAUACAUCCCAGUUAUUCUUUAGUCAAUUACAUUAUUUUUACGGUGGAUGGGGGAAAAUGGUACCCUGAACAUAAA